AUGCCACCCGAAGGCUCAUCCUUCACCACUCUCAACCUGCCCCCGGAAUUCUCCCUGCCACAAUGCAUGGAGUUCUUCACCCUAACGGCGGGCCCGAACACGGAUCUCUGGCGCAAACCACCAAACGGCGAUACAUCUACCGCGCCAAUUGUCUUCACAUCCCUCCGGCAUCCAUUCGUCGUGGCCGAAGUCACCGUCAGCGCCGACUGGGAAAUGGAAUGGGACCAGGGCGGACUGGUGAUCUUCGCCGGCGCAGCACCGCAGUCCUUUUCCUCUAAUUCAGUUCCCUCACUAACAUGCCGGUCAUCACCGCUUCCACCAUGCAAAUGGGUUAAAGCUGGGAUGGAGUUUUCCGGAGGCACAGUCAACGCAUCUUCCGUCAGUGCCACCGCCGACGGCGCAGACUGGUGUUUGUCCCCACUAGUCCAGCCAGCAUGUGGGAUGGGCAUUCAUUCACUGCGCAUCAAACUCGAGCGGAUCGGUCAUGCGCUCUGGAUCUGGUAUCAGGUUCCAUCGGCAUCACCAUAUACGCUAUCGCCCGGAGCGGUGGGGAGCACGUGGAAAAAACUGCGUGAAGUGACCUGGUUCUUCUACGGUGUGGAGGAUAAAUUCGUACAUGUUGGCGUCUAUGCCAGUCGGCCGACGAAUAUCUCUCGCGGAGAGACAAUGUGGGAUGCGAUGCAUGGGUUAUCGCUAGAUGGGUCUUCAGCUACGACAGCGAGUGGAUUGGUUGUGGAGUUCGAGGACCUGGAAAUUUUCUAA